UAGGGCCCAUUGCGACCAGCACUAGCUGGUCAAUGUACGACUAAAAUGAACGAGUCACUCAGAAAAAUGAAUCAUGACUCUCGAGUCAGUAAAAUGAGUUGUUCAAAGGGAACGAAUCGUUUGCGAAUUGUACAUCACUACACACAGCACUCUGAGAUUGAAUGCCCACAAGAGCGCACUCACGGCAUCCAAGUUAGGAAACGCAAGCCCACCCACUGGAACCAAUUUCGGCUACUGGACGCUUACUGGUGAUAUUACUGCUUCCACUAUACUUUAUCAGGCGUAAAUUAAAGUCGAGGCUAACCUUACACCUGGGUAAUAUUUUUUGGAGACAAAGGAACCUUUUGAUGGAGUUUAUGGAAGAUGCAAUCGUUUGUUCUCCUCGCUUCUCUUUGUGGAUGCGUCCUCUGCUCAGGCUGGCCUUUUCAGAUGCAGUGUUACCACUGUGAAGAGACUCUGUUGGACAAUGACUGUUCAGCUCCAAAGUUCAUUGUCAACUGCACAGCAAACAUCCAGAAUGCCUGUCAGAAGGAGGUGAUUGUGGGUGAAAAUGGUGUGUCCUACAGGAAGACCUGUGCCUCUUUCUCCACCUGUCUGAUCGUAUCAGCAGGGUAUCAGUCCUUCUGCGUCCCGGGUCGGGUGGGCUCUGUCUGCAUCAGCUGCUGUAACACCCCCCUCUGCAACGGACCCCGCCCCCCCAGGAUUUCCCUGGGCCCCACCCAUCCUCCCGCUAGACCCACUACCCUCCUCAUCAUCACUGUUGCCAUGGGAACACUUCCCUGAUGUGGACACCAGUAUUGCCUGGAUUGGACAGAAGGUUCUCAGGUAUGGAGGUGCCUUGCGUUGGAGCCAACAGACACUGCCAUGAGAUAUGACUGGAAAAACUAGGUCUACUGUGGACAGAGAUUCUACAAUCUACCAACAGGGCUGACUGACACAUGGCUCCAUUGACCAAAAAGAGUGACAAACAUAAGUGAAAUUGGUCUACAAAGAUAACAUAUAUAAUUGUUUUAAGAUGCUCAUACCAUGGAUCAUUAAGCAAUUUGAUUUUGAAUUUUAGGACCACGGUAUGUAUCAAAAAAUAUAUUUAAAAAAUAAAAUAUUGAAUUUGGCCUUUACUACUAUAGCCCAUAGAAACACAUUGAAUAACACAUUCAUACAUGGCAAAAAAAGACAGACAGUCUAAAAAUAAAUCAUAAGGAAUAUGAUUUAAGUGUCUGUCCUGAAAUCUAGGAGUUAGGAAAUGUUUGUUUUUUCAAACAUAUUUAUCUGCUUUUUUGUUGCCACAAAACUACCUCCAUUCAUUUGUAUGGGUUACCUUGAGACAAGUCCCAUGACACUUGUGGGGGUUGUAGAGCAAAUUAGCAUAUUAGUUUCUUGUCCAAACAGUUUGGACAGUAGAGACAGAAGUUGCCACAUCGGCGGUACUGAUUUCAGGCGAGUCCCACGGGACUCUUUCCAUAGAGUGGUCAUAAUAGUUAAAGGCCAAACUGUUAGGAUGCUACAGAGGUUUGUGAGAAUACCGAUUUUUGGGAUGUCUCCUGGUCUGACAGUCCUGAAGCCACUUUCCACUGCAGUUUUGGAAGGCUGACAAAGGCUGAUGUGGUGGAUUGAGACGCAGCCCAUGCAACAAAACAAAAAAAACAUCUUAAACUGACAGAUUUUGAUGGGGAUUUUUUUAUCAUGUUAAUUAGAUUGAUGCACAGGUGCGUCAAUAGACUAAGGAUUAAAAAACCCGUAGGGAUGUGUGUGAUACUUUGCAACCCAUAAAAAAAUCAUAAUGAACAAAUUACAAGUCCCAUUGAUUUAAACUUUAUUUAACAAAUUUUUAUUCUUACAUUAAUUUAGUAGAUUUACAACAGCAAUUCCUGGAAAAGCAAAAGUUUUCACAGUAUAAGAGAGCAGUUAUUUAAUUUUUGAAACCGUAAAAUCCUCAGAUGAGUAGUAGGUGAUAGUUUGGUAAACCUGUAUUGUUAUUGGCACUUCUAAGAAUGGAAAGCCUUGAGGUGCAUAGCAGGUAGGAUCUUUGACUGCCAGAUCAUCUAUGUUCAAUUUCAUUCAACCAAUGUUGAAAACCUAAGGAAUAUGACCCAUAUCAGAAUGGAAACCGUUCAUUUCCCUGCAUCUUGAUUCCCCUCAACAUCAAGGAAGAAGCUUUUGUAACAGCUCAUCCUUUAGCCAAGGAUGCAGAAUUAAUGGGUAGAAGAGGACUAGUUCUGACUGGUAAUUGGAUGCUAUGCCAUGUGCUUCAGUGACUGAAUUGACUGGAAUACUUUGAAUUUGGCAGAAAUGCCAUACCUUAUCAAUUAAUCCCAUAACCCCUGUCACAAGAGAUUACUUCUCAAUUAAACUGUAAGUGAACCUUGUAAAUCAAUUUUGUUACUCCUGGACAUUCCAUUACGAUGAGUGGGAUUUAUUUCUUUCAUUUCACCUCAAUACAUAAAAUAAAAUCCAUAGCACAUGAAA